AGCGUGAAAUGACUUUCAUCAGCGCCGUCACAGUACAUCGGAAUUGCAUCCCUCCCUCCCCAUUCCGGCGACCAUCCUCAACCCCCCGCCUCACACGGAGAUACUCUAAGCUUUCUAAUGGCGGAGAAUAGUGUAAAACCGGUGAAAGUUUGGAAGAUGGCGACUGGAGAGAAGCUGCUGGUGCGGAUCUUUGACAGGGAUAAGUUGACGAUUGACCAGCAGCUCAAGAAAGCAGACUGAAAUCUCCGAUCAGUAUCUCGCUUCCAUACGAGUCCUUCGACGGAAUCUCCCAUCCUCCUCUUUCGUCCUCCCUUUCAUUUCAUCCAAAUGGUGAGUUCUUGCCGCUGCGAAAUCGAAUUUUGCCGUGCAAAUCGACAGAUCGUGAUGAAUUACUGCUCUGUCGACCUUGUAAAUACUAAGGACUCCACUUCGAGUUCUCAGUCUCAAUAUCUUAGAAAAGCUAUGGCAUUGAACUGAUUUUAGUGCUAUUAUUAUCAUGAUCUUUAAAUAUCCAGUGAGAAUUCAGUAUCCCUUCACUAGUUCAAAUGGAGCAACUAUGGCUGAUUAUUAUUAGGAUGUUGAUUUUAGUAUUUCAUAGUUCUUUGUCGAUAGAGUAGUGAUUUGGGCAUCGUCCCUUUUUUUUAAUGCCAUUGGAUUGUGAUCAAACUGCUUCAUAGUCUGGCAGGCUUAAAGAAGAAGGAGCUUGCCACUUACCAGCAAGCCUUUUGCCUGUGUUUCUGAGCUGCCAAACUGCUUGGAAAGAGAGUUUAAAGUUGACAUGAUGUCUGCUAAAAGAACUGCAUGCAUUAUGCAAAUGACGAGCUUGAUCAUUGUGUCUAUUAAGAGAGAACUGGAUGUGACCAAGUCUUCUGAGGGAAGAGAAUGAGAACUAACCGGUCUUAUCUAUAAGAUUCUUGGUGUGAGUAAAUAUUCUGAUAUUGCCAGGGAAGAGAUGUUCUUCAAAUUCUACUGGCUAGUCAAUGCGGCAGUCUAAUCAGCCAGUCUUGCUGUUGCUUCUGGUACAAGUUGUGCAAGGAGUUAGUAUAGCGUAGUUCAUUUGGGUGGAGCUACAAGCUUAGUUGUUCAUGCCUUCAGACCAGUGGCGUAGAGGAGUCUUUGGAGGUGGUCUAGUCCAUUCAUAGUGGUGCUGAAGAUGGUAGACUUGGGUUGCCCACUGACAGAUCCUCUGAACAGACUAAUAAUGACAAUGGGUUAUGGGAAAGGGUCAAUAGAAGUUCGAAUUUUUGACCCCGAGUAAUGGUGCUUUUGUGCAAGGAACAAGAUUUAUGAGUUCCAAUUUAUGUAGCCAGGGUGACUACAGUGUAAAUUCAGAUUGUCCAACCACUAAUGUGGAAGAGGGUGAUAGGCCAAACUGGGAAACCAACCGUGUCAAUGUUUUUGAGGGACUCAACGAAACCUAUUCUGAAGGCAUCUGUCUUACAAAGCAGGAAAAUGGGGAUGACUCCUGUGGAAUACCUAAACCAGCACAUCCAAAGACGGAGAUAUUGCAGUUGCAGAGCCCAAGAGCUUAUCACGACUAGUCCCAAUGUGAAGUUUGGUUGGACAAGAAGUUGGCUUUUGCGGAAUUGUUGGAUACUCAAUCAAAUGGCUUGGCUUGUACUGAAAUCAUUAUUGUUAACCCGGAAAAAUGUGGAGCAGUUCCAGCUGAAUCGGACAUAGAAUCGCCUGGCUUAGUUGUGGCUGAUCUGUGACAUCUAUGUCUACUUUAGUUGCCCACGGCAUUGGAGUAACCUCAUGAUCAGCUGUCGAAGAUGCCAUGCCAAUGGAGCGCAAGGAACUUGGUUUUGAUGAAGUGGAAGUUAACAGAACUUCUAAUUCUAAUAUCAAGGAUGAGAAAGGUACUUAUCAGAAGAACAACCCGCUUCAGUGCAAUGUUAAAUCUUCUACCUGUAUAUCCUGAUAGAAUGUAUUUUGGAAGCACAUACGUUCUCACUCAUACUGAAAAGUGAAAACAAUAUGCACAUGAAAAGAUCUCAUUACCUUAAGGAAUUGCAGUGCAUCAGAAUAUCCAACCAUUUCUACAUUUAUGUGGAUUGAUUGCGCUGAUCAAAAUGUGCCAGAGUUGGAGAAAUGUGUUGAGAUUAUUAAGUGACCUUGUACUGCCAGAAAUGGAUGGGACCAAGCUUCAAUUCACUGGCCCUUCAAAACACUACCCCUGAGUACGAUGGUCCCUGUUGGAAUAACUGGAGUUUAAAGGAACAAUGAUACGGAAGAGAUUCAGUAAGGCUAACUUUGUCGAGGAAAAACGGGUCCUUAAAUGCUAGCUCUGGCUUAUUGGAGGAGGAGCUAAUUAUAAUAACAAUAUUAUGUCUGAUAUAACUUCCUCUGUUCCUCUAGUGCAACUAGCAAGUGUCUACUGCUAUUACAGGUAACUUCUCUUACCAUUGUCUUUCUCCUGAUUCUUUAUUUGAUGGGUGGUGAAUGAUUCCCCUACAGAAAAGCUGCUGUCGCAGGAGCCACUAGUAUUAUUCGACACCCGAUGGCCUCCGAAAGAUUUUUGUUUUCAUGUUGAGAGUUCCUACAUCUUGAUUCUAAAACCAUAUAUCUCUGUCGUUGUUGUUGAUUUCCCGGUGCAGAUAAUGAAAUCGCAAUGAAGAAGGUAGGUACCUAUUGAACCAUUGAAGCCUCUUCUUAUGUAGUGAUGUUAGUUACUGAGCAGCCAUUCCAGGUUUUGUGUGGACACUAUUCGAUCAACAUUCACACCAUACCACAACACAAGCUAUUCUAUCAAGUUUUGGAAGUGUUCCCUAAGAACAUAUCACGUUGUACGAGACUGUUCAAGUUGUGGUAGCAAGACCAUAUCAGGUUUGCUGAGCAGUUCUUUUUGUCAGUAAGAGAUCUUUGUUCCAUUCACUGUGUACUCUAUACAAACAGGAAUAGGAUGUAGUUUAUCUUUAUGGCGGCAAGACCAGAUCAACUCAGGAAAGCCACUAUCUGAUUUUUUUCUCAUUUUCUGCUUUCAUACCCUAGUCAAAGCAAAGGUGUGGGUUUGUUUUUAUAUUUGUCUGGCUUUGUAACGGCUAUCUGAUGUGGAAGGAUUAGCAACAACAAACAGUAAAGAUAAUGCAUUAGUGGGCUGGACCUGGGCCCACGAAACCUUAACAUCACAUGCCUGCCUGCCUCCAUCCUUCUCCUUCUACUUCUACAUUAUUCAAUUCACAUCAGCCUCACAGUCACAUGUUCUUGGAUUUGUUCAUGUUCCAGCGACACUUGUGUGUAUAUUUAUUUUCUGUAACACCUCAACAGAACGUCUCUUUUCUCUUUCUGCUCAAAAUUCACCGCCCCUCAUUAAAACUAAUCUCCAUGGAAUUCAACGCCUGCUCAGAAUGUUCAUUGAAGCAACCACUAAAAAACGAAGAGGAAGGAAGGAAGCCACCCAACUCAAAUAACGGUCUCUUUUGAUUUUUUUUCUUCGUGCAGGAACAUGGGAUGCGGCCCAAUAAAGUCCGCGCUCCUGACUGGAUCCAACUGUAAGGCCCACUUAUCCGAUAUCCAGGCCCACUUCUUGUUCCGACGUCGUUUGGUGCAAAAAGGUUUCUUUUCACCCUUUUAUAUAUUUCAAUUUUCAAUCACCGACGCGCCCAUCUUCUCUUUCCGUUUAAACCCCGCAUUUUCCCACCACCACCGCCCACUCUUCUCUUUCCCUUUGCUCCUCCUCCAUUGAUUCCCACUCCAAGAACUGCUCUCUUAACAGUCUUGAAUCCCCAACUACCCAGAAGAAAGAAAGAUAGCCCAAUUGAAUCUCCAAACAAGAUUCUUACUCGAUUCCCAUCGAUGAUUCCUUCCUCCACCCUCUUCUUCCUCCUCUUCCUCACUUCCGCCGCCGCCGCCACCGCCCCAGGAGGAUUCGGCAACCACACUUUCGAAUUCGACUUCCCUUCCUUGUCCAUCCGCAACCUCACCCUCCUCGGCGACUCCUACCUCCGAAACGGCGCCGUCGGCCUCACCCGCGACGUCACCGUCCCGACAUCGAGCUCCGGCACCGUCGUCUUCAACGAACCCAUCCCCUUCUCCGACCCGGAAACCGCUCCGUCGUCCGCCGCUUCCUUCUCGACCCGAUUUACUUUCUCGAUCGGCAACGUCAACCCGAGCUCCUUCGGCGACGGCCUCGCCUUCUUCCUCUCCCGCGACAACGACACCCUCGGCAGCGCCGGCGGGUACCUCGGCCUCGUCAACGCCACCCAUCUGACCACGAACAAGUUCGUCGCCGUCGAAUUCGACACCCGGGUCGACUCCCAAUUCGCCGACCCGAGCGAGAACCACGUCGGGCUCGACAUCGACAGCCUGAUUUCGGUCGAGACGGCGGAUCCCCUGUCGCAGGGGAUCGAUUUGAAGAGCGGCGAACAGAUCACCGCGUGGGUCGAUUACGACCACGUUGCUAAAAUCUUGGAUGUCUUCUUGAGCUUCUCCAUUUCCCCCAAACCGGAAACCCCUCUUCUCUCCGUCGACGACGUCGACCUCUCCGAGUACUUGCGAGGGAACGUGUAUGUUGGAUUCUCCGGGUCGACGGAAGGAUCCACGGAGCUCCACUCGAUUCACAGCUGGAGCUUCAAUUUGACCGGAGAAGGAGCUCUGCUGAUACCCAGAUCGACGAAUCCCCCACACAACGUCUCUGACAAUUCGAUCACCAUCCCCUCGCCGGAGAUUCCAUCUUCCGAUUCGGGAAACAAGAACCACAAGAAGCUCGGGUUGGGGCUGGGAAUCGCCGGUCCUUCCUUCUUCUGCGCGUGCCUCGUGGUUCUCGGGUUCAUCUCGGUCAAGAAAUGGCAGAAGACGAAAGGUGCGGAGAAAGCAGAGCAGCUGGUGGCGGCAGGGCGACCGAAGGAAUUCAAUUACAGAGAGCUGAAAUCGACGACGAGAGGGUUCCAUUCCAGCAGAAUCAUCGGGAAGGGCGCAUUCGGCAACGUCUACAAGGCCUUCUUCGUCUCCACGGGGACAAUCGCCGCCGUCAAGAGGUCCAAACACGCUCACGAUGAAGGGAAAACAGAGUUCCUCGCCGAGCUCACCAUCAUCGCCGGCCUCCGCCACAAGAACCUCGUCCAACUCCUCGGAUGGUGCGUGGAAAAGGGCGAGCUCUUAUUAGUCUACGAGCUCAUGCCACACGGCAGCCUCGACAAAGCCCUCCACCACGACGGCGGCGGCGGAGGAGUGCUCCUCUCGUGGGAACAGAGGCGAAACGUCGCCGUCGGUCUAGCCUCCGCCCUGACGUAUCUACACCAGGAGUGCGAGCAGCAGGUGAUUCACAGGGACAUCAAAUCGAGCAACGUGAUGCUGGACGCGAAUUUCAACGCGAGAUUGGGCGAUUUCGGAUUGGCGAGGCUGAUGGACCACGACAAGAGCCCUGUUUCGACCCUGACGGCGGGGACGAUGGGGUAUCUGGCGCCGGAGUAUCUUCACUACGGCAAGGCGACGGAGAAGACGGACGUGUUCAGCUACGGGGUGGUGUUGCUUGAAUUGGCCUGCGGGAGGAGGCCGAUUGAGAGGGAGGCGGAGAGCCAGAGGAUGGUGAAUUUGGUGGAUUGGGUUUGGGGAUUGUAUGGUGAAGGGAAAGUUUUGGAAGCUGCUGAUGAGAGGCUUAAGGGGGAGUUUGAGAUUGAGGAUGUGAAGAAGAUGAUGAUGGUUGGAUUGAGCUGUGCGAAUCCGGAUAGCGGCGAGAGGCCGACGAUGAGGAGAGUGCUUCAGAUGUUGAAUGGGGAAGUUGAAGUUAAGGCUGUGGCUAAGAGUAAGCCUACUCUCACUUUCUCCUGUGGGUUGAGUCUUUCUCUUGAGGAUAUUACCUCUGACUGUGAAUAGAGAUGAGAGAUUCUUCUGCACACUGCUCUACUGCUGGUUAAUACUAGUGUACUAUACUUGAUUGUUUGAUUCUUUCAAUCACUUUGUUUUUGUUGAGUUAGUAGUGUGAUCAGAGAUUUGGAAGAAGAAGAAAGGCAGCCUGUAGAUACCGAGAGUUCAAACAUAGUGUUUGUGUUUGUAAUGAACUGAAACUGUAAAU